AUGGAGAUGAAGUUCAUUUUGGUUGUGGGGAUAUGCUUAGUGUUGGGAAUGUCCCACAAUGCAUAUGGAAGGAACUUGAAGAAUGAAAAAGAAGAUGUGAAAAAGCCGGAAUGGUUCUUUGAUACACCAUCUGAUGGGUAUGGUGGUGGUGAAGGAGGUGGUGGAGGAGGUUACGGAGGAGGAGGACUUGGUGGUGGUUCCGGUGGUGGAUACGGAGGAGGUGGUGGUAGUGGUUUAGGAGGUGGAUAUGGAGGAGGUGGUGGUAGUGGUUUAGGUGGUGGAUAUGGAGGAGGAGGUUUAGGUGGUGGUUAUGGAGGAGGUGGAAUAUCUAAGGGAAUUGUUGGUGGAAUUGGAGGUUAUGGAGGUGGAAUAUCUAAGGGAAUUGGAGGUGGAAUUGGAGGUUUUGCUUACAAAGGAAUUGGAGGAGGUGUAGGAGGGAUUGGAGGGGGUGUUAUUGGUGGAGUUGGUGGUUUCAUUGGUGGUCACAAGAAUGUUGUUGAAGCAAAUAAGCCUUAA